UCCCUGUAAACAGGUUUCCUAGUAAAAAUCAAAAUAGGUUUUCCAACUCCUCAUCAAAUUGGGUCUUGUACUAUUAUAAAUACACAUGCUACCCUACCUAUUUCUUUCUCAUACAAAAUCAUAGCAAACAAAAACAACUCAAAGCAAUGGCUUACAUAUUACCUGACGCCCAAAAGAUGUUAGUUUCUUCUUUUCUUGAAAUCGCCGUUGGCCAAACCACCAAUACUGCCCAACAGUUCCUUCAAGCAACAAACUGGAAUCUUGAAGGAGCAAUUCAACUAUUCUAUAAUGGAAACAACGAAGUAGCAGCACCAACACCAGCAGCAUCUCUUAAUUCUUGGGACGACGAUGAUGUACGUCCUCCUUUACCUGUAAGACGUGAAGUUCUUUAUGGUGACUAUUCACGCAACUUUGACGAGGAAACAUGGAAUAAUAGUCCUGUCCAUGAGGAAACAGAUGAAAUAUCGUCUUCUACUUUAGAUACAAGACACAAUAGUCUUGCUUCUAUGUAUCGUCCACCCUAUGAAUUAAUGUACAACGGGCCAUUUCAGAACGCAAAAGAUGCAGCAAUAGCGAAAAACAAAUGGCUCUUAGUGAAUUUGCAAUCCAUGCAGGAAUUCACCUCUGCCACGCUCAAUCGAGACACCUGGAGUAACGAUGUUGUUGCUGAGGCGAUCAAAAGCAACUUCGUGUUCUGGCAGGUUGAUGAUGAUACUGAAGAGGGCAAAAAAGUGUGUACGUACUAUAAAUUUGAGACUAUGCCUGUUAUAUUGGUAAUUGAUCCUAUAACUGGUGAAAAAAUGCGUUAUUGGAAUGGAAUGGUUGAGCCUGAGAAUUUGUUAGAGGAUGUCAUGUUUUUUCUAGAUCAAAGCCCUUCAGAAUAUCACGCGAAUCUUAUUCAUAAACAGCGUGGAAAAGGAAAAAUUCCUGGCGAUAGAAUUAGAGAACGCGAUGAAUUACAAGAGAUCAAUGAAAUUCCUGAUGACUUCAAUAAACGUUGUGGAAAAAUUCCUCGCGAUAAAAUUAAAGAAGGCAAUGAAGUACAAGAGAUUAAUGAAAUUACUGAUGAUAGUGAAGUUGAUCAAAAGCAAUUGUUGAAUAAGAAGAUUGUUUAUCUUCCAUUGCCUGAAGAACCAAAGUGUGAUAGGAAUUUCCUAUGCAGAAUCGCGAUUCAUCUUCCUAAUGGACGUAGAAUUCAGAGGAAUUUCUUGAAGACUGAUUCAAUUAAGUUGUUAUGGUCUUUUUGUUCUACUCAGUUUGAGGAAGCAGAAACAAGGCCAUUUCGAUUUACACAAGCUAUGCCAGGAGCAUCGAAGUUUUUGGAGUAUGACAGUAAUUUAACUUUUGAGAAGUCAGGUUUAGAUAAUUCUAUUGUUUCAGUCAUAAUCAUGUAGAGUUGAUUGAAUUCUUUAGCUUCC